AUGAUUGUGCCCCGGUUCGAGAACCGCAUGCAGGCCAACGACCCGAGCCCGCCGGUCGUCAAGCCCAAUGUGUCCGAGACCAAUGCUCAUGUGUUGACUGAUCGUCAUGAGAAGUGGGAUGGUCUGAUGGUGGAGGAACCGGCCAAGGCAGAGCGUCUGCGCAGCCUCCAGUCGCCCAACGAGCUACCACUUGGUCUGCUAGCCAGCAGCCUCGCGAGCAGGCCAUGGUCGGCCCUCGCUUCGAACAGACCAUUAUGGAGACCCAGGGCUAAUACAUUUACUUGGAAACUUCUACAGCCGCGCCCAAUGGCUGCCAUUGAGCUCAUUCACAAGCAGCCCGUUCGCUGGACAAAGUCUCGGGUUGUCAGCUGCGACGGUGGCGGUGGUCCCCUCGGUCACCCCAAGGUCUUUAUCAACACCGACAAGCCCGAGAUGUCCCUUGCGGCUACUGCGGCCUUCCCUUUGCUCACGAGCACCAUCGUUCCUACCUCGAGUCUCUUCCGCCACUAG